UGACCCCUUCUCGUCACAUACGGGAAACUCCUGUGACUGAUGGUACGAAAGAGUUUCUCGUUCUGUUGUAUGUGUGUACUUUUGAACAGAAGUUUUACUUAUUUAAACCUUUAACAUAUUGCGUUUUUAUUUGAAAAUCAUAUUACGAUUCAGAGAUUACGUUGAUUGUUAAAAAACUUGCAUCCUUCGUUAUUGUUUUUAAAGAAUUCCCUACCUCACUAUCCGAGACAUGCAUCUCGCAUUCUUAUGUGAAAUUUUAAGUUAAAGUGCAAAAAAUGUUAGUUAAUGGGACUUGUGUGUGAAAACAAAAGUAUAGGUUAAAAAGUGCAACAAGAUUAAUAGGACUUUUAUGUGUAAACAAUAGUUUAGUUUAGAAAUGUGAGAAAGGAUAAAGUUAAGACCCUUUUCACAAAUAUUUAUUAAAAAAGUUCGUCUGUCUCGUCUUCUUCCCCAAUUGAGUCAGUUGACCAGAGAGAGUGGAAGCAUAUACUUCAUCACUUCCGCUGGCGAAAAUAAUUUAUAAUUAUAAAUUAAUAAACCCCAAAAAUAUAAACGAAAAUGGAAGAAGACGACGAAGAAAAGACGCAGAAAUCUCGGAAGCAGCAGCAACAGGAGGAAGACGACGACAAAAAACAAAGACGAGACCCAGAGAUGUCUUCUAGAUCAUCGCUUCACUCACUACCACCAACGACCGUUGAUUUACCUCCUGACUCACCCAACACCGUCUCUUCAAUCCCCGAUAGCCACGGAUCUUCUCCUCACACAGUCGUCCCAACUCCUUCCGUAGCUUCCGUCGCCACGAAGAACGAGACUCCUUUCAGGGUUACUAACGCAGACUUGGCGGAGCAGAAACUCGGCGAGAGCAGGAGGCGGUUAAGGCCGAGCUUCUCCACGACUCCGCGUGAAUCGAAAUGGACAAGUUUCGUGAGGAAGGCUUUGCUUGGGUUUAGGGUUACUGCGUUUGUGUCGUGUCUCGUCUCCUUCUCUGUUAUGGUUGCUGAUAGAGAUAAAGGAUGGGCUCGUGAUUCUUUCUACAAAUACAAAGAGUUCAGGUUUUGUUUGGCUGCGAAUGUGAUUGGUUUUGUCUACUCAGCUUUUAUGAUAUGUGAUCUCGUGUAUCUGUUAUCUACUAGUAUUCGCAGAUCACGACAUAACCUCCGACAUUUCUUGGAAUUUGCUCUUGAUCAAAUGAUAGCGUAUCUUCUUGCAUCGGCUUCAACUUCAGCUUCGAUCCGUGUAGACGAUUGGCUAUCAAACUGGGGAGCAGACAAGUUCCCAAGCUUAGCUAGAGCAUCUGUCUCCUUAUCUUUUGUCUCCUUUGUCUCAUUCGCUCUCUGCUCCUUGGCUUCCGGCUAUGCCCUUUGCUCACUCCGGUCUAUCUAACAGACGAUCUCAUUUUGUUUUAAGUGGUAACAUAUAAGUUGCAUCCUUAUGUAAUUGGUUUAUAGAAAGGCACUUGACCCUAAAACUCUCUAUAAAGAAGAGGGUCCAGUUUCUUAACAUUUCAAAAAACUAAACUUUUCUUUUAUAUGGUGGAGGAGUUUUAGUUUGCUAGCUUUCAUGUUGCAGAAUAUUUCGUCUCGCAAAAGAUAGUGUGGAUCCUAUUUAUGUUCUUUUUGUUAUUGUUC